UAUGUCUGUCACGACAGUCAAUUGUCAUUGGUGUCAUUCAAGGCGUGUCGCUUGGCCGUUUUCUUGUUGGAUAUUUUUAUUAUAUUCCAGGAAUACAACAAUCAUUUUAAAUAAAUCCAUUAACUAAAGAUGAGUCGAAGAUACGACGACAACGACUACAAGCAUGUGUUUGCUAGGUUCGCACAGAGUAAAGAAGGAGAGGUCCCGAUCUCGCUCUCCCAGACGGAAAGACGACAAGCUAGACGUGAAAAAAGAAAUCAAAGUCGAGUCUCCAACAGCUGCAGAAAAUAUUAAAACAGAAAAGCAAGAACAGAAAGUUGUGGAAAACGUUGGCUUGGGAGCUAAAAAUCGAUUGAAGAGCAUGAGUAUACAGAUUAAAUUAGGUAGUAUGAAGAAAGAAAAACAGACUGUAAAGCCGAAGCUUACUGUAGCAGCUGCUUUUAACCAGGAUAGCGAUAGUGAACCAGAGGAGAUGCCUCCUGAAGCCAGGAUGAGAAUGAGAAAUAUUGGAAGGGAUACUCCAACAUCAUCAGGUCCAAACUCUUUUGGAAAGACAAAGCAAGGUUUUUCAGAUGCUAAGAAAAUGUUUGAGAAAAACCUAAAAGAAGCCAUGGAAAGUGCUAUGGCUGAUGACUGAAUAGAAAAAAUUUUUGACCACAAAAAUGUAACUGUGGGGUUUGAUAAAAAAAAGUAGAAAAGUCUAAUCUUGAUAUUAACCCUAGAGAGCUAACCCUCUUUUGACUUUCACUUAAGAAUAACCAUUCGUAAAUUUUACGAUUUCAUUUUCAAAACGUUGUAGCAACUAAAUAGCAAAAACAUUAAAACAAAAACCUCACUAUAUGAAUGAAAUGGGUUUAUUUGUGUAAAAUUUAACAGUAAAUGGUAUUUAUUCAGUUAACACUGCCGCACACCGAGCAAAGUAAGGCGCGAUGUUCCAAACAAAAAGCCCGUUGGCAUUGUUCACAUUUGUUAGUGGUCAUUCUUCUUUUCUUGGAUGGGCAUAUUUGGCAAAUAGCUCUACCCGAUACUCCCGGAGUUGCUCUUUCUUGUACUGGUUCCACUUUGAGAAUACUACCAAUGGUUGAUCUGAUUGAGCGCUGCAAACUUGGCAUUUGUAUUCUAUGCUUCAUCCAGGGCGUCAUCAGCUCACGGCUCAAUCCAAUCAUAAAUUGUCUUCUGUUAUACGGUUUUUUGCUUGCUUUAUGCAUAUUGUGAUCAUUAUUCACAAAUGCGUUUAUGGAUGCAAUAUUUAUCAUUCCAUAAAAAAUGCAGAGUGGCCAACGCUUGGUUUUGCGUGAUGUGGACAUGUGUCCACACAUCUGGUCAAAGGUAUCAACACCCCCUUUUGUGGCGUUGUAAAAUUCAAUCAUGUCUGGCUUUCCACUUUGUUGGCAUAUCAAGGAGCUUCCAGAAUGCAUAGUGCUCAAUAGAAGAACAUUUUUAUUUCGCUUGGGAACAAACGAAAGCAAUGUUUUCUGUUUGUCAAAACAAUAUCUGGCAUCACCAGCAGGACGCUUUCUUGUAGAAAGCAUUUGUGGGGGAAUUUCACGCUUAUUUUUUCUGAUGGUUCCCACCAUGGUAAAAUUAUAUGGAUCGUCUAGAAGGUCAUCGGCAAUUUUGAUGGACGAAAACCAGUUAUCCAUAGUGAUAUUACGAUUUGCGCCCGAUAUUGAUGAUGUCAAUGUUUUUACAUAAUGUUCUGCCACAGGCAUAUUAUUUGUAUUAGUUUUUUUACCAAUAUAUGGACUAGCAUCUACCAUAUAUUUAGUACCAGAAUCGCAAAUCAUGACUAUCUUUAUACCGUAUUUUGCUGGUUUAUUCGGUAUAUAUACUAAGUGACAUAUAAAUCCGAACACCCAGUUUAAAUGGUUUUAUUUUAAUAAAAUCUUGUAUAAAUACUUAAUGAAGCAUAAUAAGUAAAUGAUAAAAAUUUCAAAAUGAUUGCACUGCUUUAAAGCCCUUUGACCUUUAAUAAUGUGUGGAUGCACUCCGAUGUGCUACGCAUUCUCCAACGCGCCUAGGCAUGCUUCUGAUCAGGUGGUCAAUGUCCUCCUGUGGUAUCUCAUUCCAGGCAACCACCAACUCCUCUCGAAGUGCUUCUAGAGUCUGAGCAAAUUGAGCAAUCUCCUACCCAUCAUAUCCCACACGUGCUCAAUUCGGGAUAAGUCGGGAGAUCUUGGUGGCCAUGGUAACAAUGUGACAUCACUAUGUUGAAAGAAGUCUAUUGUGACUCUUGCAACAUGUGGUCGGGCAUUAUCUUGUUGGAAAGUUGGAUCUGCCAGGGUGUCAUGAUAGGGUAAAUGAUGGGGUCCUAGAACUUCGUGGAUAUAAAGCUGCGCGUUCAUGUUAUCUCUGAUGAAGAUUAAAGGUGACCUGGAACCAUAAGCUAUAGCACCCCAAACCAUAACUCCAACAGUGUGAUGAACAUGUCUUUCAACAAAAAACUGUGGAUUCCUCCUUUCACCACGUCGCCUUCUAACCCUGGCACGACCAUCGUGCAUGCCUAAACAAAAUCGAGACUCGUCACUAAAGACAAUACUGUUCCAUUCCUGAUCCCACAGUGACGGUUGUCUGCACCACUCAAGGCGAUUACGUCGGUGUAAGGGUCAAGUGAAUACGCGCAUCGUAAUAUUUACGAAUGGUUAUCUUUCUAGGGUUAAAGAUGUCAUUUUAUUUAUCUAUCUAUGAUUUUGUUUUUAAGCCAUAAAAAUGUGUAUGUACAUCAUGCUAUUUUUUUUAUUUUAAAGGCUAGAAAAAAAUCUGUAUGAGAUAAACACUGUUUCGGUAAUGCUUUUUCAUCACACCCUACAUAAGAUUUUUAGGUAUGUAAUACUAAAAUACUGUACAGCUCUACAUAUUAUUUCCUAUGCGUAGUUAUAUUAAUGAAUUACUGCAAGUCUACCUUUUGUCAUUCUCAUCAGAUUGUUAAACUAUGUUAUUUUUAAGUAUUUAACUAUUUGCUUUAGGCGUUUAAAUAUAUUUAAAAACAUACAAGUCCAAAUAAACUUUUAUUAAUUUAUAUUCAUGAUGUGUGGU